AUGACUGAGGACAAUCACUCCUUGACAACUGAGUUUAUCCUCAUAGGAUUUACAGACAACCCAGAUCUGAAGACCCUUCUGUUUAUGGUGUUCUUUGCCAUCUAUCUCAUCACAAUGGUGGGGAAUCUAGGUUUAGUGUCAUUGAUCUUCAUUGAGCACCGUCUCCACACUCCCAUGUACAUCUUUCUAGCCAACCUGGCUAUAAUGGAUGCUUGCUGUUGCUGUGCCAUUAUCCCCAAAAUGUUACAGAACUUCCUUUCUGAAGACAGAAUGAUUUCUCUCCAUGAAUGCAUGGUACAAUUUUAUUUUUUCUGCAUUGCUGAGACUGUGGACUGCUGUCUUCUGACAUCAAUGGCCUAUGAUCGCUAUGUGGCAAUAUGCAGUCCACUGCAGUACCACACCAUGAUGUCAAAGCAACUCUGCAUUAAGAUGAUCAUAGGCGCCUACAUAGCUGGGAAUGGGCAUUCCAUGAUUCAUGUAACACUUCUAUUAAGGCUAACCUUCUGUGGAUCUCAUCAAAUCAAUCACUUCUUCUGUGAUGUUCUUCCACUAUAUAGACUGUCCUGUGUUGACCCUUAUAUCAAUGAAUUGAUGAUACAUAUCUUUGCAGGGUCAAUUCAAAUCUUCAGUAUUACCGUAGUCCUAAUUUCUUAUUUUUACAUCCUUUUCACUAUUUUCAAAAUGAAAUCCAAAGAGGGAAGAGGCAAAGCCUUGUCUACUUGUGCAUCUCAUUUUCUGUCUAUCUUAUUGUUCUACGGUUCCCUUGUCUUCAUGUACAUUCGGCCAAGUUCAGCUAAAGAAGGGGAUAAAGAUAUACCUGUUGCUAUUUUUUAUACUCUAAUUAUUCCUUUAUUAAAUCCCUUUAUCUAUAGUCUAAGAAAUAAGGAAGUCAUAAAUGCUAUUAAAAAGAUCAUAAAUAAGAGGAAACCUCAUAGCAUUCUGAAACAGAUAUCAUUCCCUAUAAUAAACUGA